GGGCGGCGCAGGCGGCGGCGCGGGGCUCACGGGCACCGGCGGCAGCGGCCGCACCGCGCCAUGGGCGCUCCGCCCGCCCGCGGGGCCGCGCUCCCGCUGCUCCCGCUGCUGCUGCUGCUGCCGGGACCCGCCACCGGCACCGACCCCGGCAGCAGCAUCCUUACCGGCACCGCCACCGGCAUCCCCUCUGGCACCGAUAUCGGCACCGGCAUCAGCGUCCCCGCCGGCACCAACAUCCCCUCUGGCACCGAUAUCGGUCCCGGCAUCGCCACCGGCUCCGGAACCGGCAUCGGCACCGGCCUCUGCCCGCCCGCCGCGCCCCCGCCGCUGCUCCAGCCCCGCGGCGGCUCCGGGGACAGCGGCGGCGAUGGGGCCGCCCCGAGCACCGGCGGGGACAGCGACCGCGGCUCCGGCGGCACCGGGAGCACCGGGGAAGGCGCUGCGGACACCCACGUCUCCGGGGACACCGGGAGCACCGGGGAUGCUGAAUGCACUGCGGACCCCGGGGGCGCCCGAGUCCUCAGGGGCGCUGCGAUCAACGGGGACACGGGACACGCUGCGGAGACUGAGCAACUCCCCAGGGACACCGGGAGCACCGGGGAGAUGGCGAGCACCGGGGACACCGGGGGCACGAUGAGCAUCGGGGAUGCUGGGGACACUGGGGGCGCCUUCAUCCCCAGGAACACCGGGAGCACCGGGAAGAUGACGAGCACCGGGGGUACCGGGGGCACCGGGGACACGAUGAGCAUCAAGGAUGCUGGGGACACCGGGGGUGCCUUCAUCCCCAGGAACACCGGGAGCACCGGGAACGUGAUGAGCAUCAGGGACACCCGGGGCACCGGGGACACGAUGAGCAUCGGGGAUGGUGGGGACACCGGGGGUGCCUUCAUCCCCCAAAACACCAGGAGCACCGGGAACGUGAUGAGCAUCAGGGAUGCCGGACAUACUGAGGAUGCUCGGAGCACCCGAGUCUCCAGGGACACCGGGAGCACCGAGGAGUUGAUGAGCACCAGGGACAUUGGGGACUCCCUGACCACAAGGACCACCAGGACCCCCAUGACCCACAGCCGUCGGCGCCGCAGCCCCAACGCGGCCCCGCAAUUCCAGCCCUCCAGCUACCAGGCCUCGGUGGGGGAGAACCAGCCGGUGGGGACACCGGUGACACAAGUGACAGCGGUGGACCCUGACGAGGGCGAGGCGGGACGGUUGCGCUACACCAUGGCCGCCCUCUUCGACAGCCGCUCUGACGCCCUCUUCGCCAUGGACCCCGUCACCGGCGCCAUCACCACCGCCGCCCUCCUGGACCGCGAGAGCAAGAGCACCCACGUCUUCCGGGUGACGGCGAUGGACCACGGCACACCCCGGCGCAGCGCCAUGGCCACGUUGACAGUGACAGUGAGCGACACCAAUGAUCACGACCCGGCUUUCGAGCAGCUUGAGUACCGGGAGAGCGUGCGGGAGAACCUGGAGGUGGGCUACGAGGUGCUGACGGUGCGGGCCACCGACGGUGACGCCGGUCCUAAUGCCAAUGUCCUCUACCGUCUCCUCAACGCUGGUGGCGCCAAUGAGGUCUUCGAGAUAGAUUCCCGCUCAGGUGUCAUCCGCACCCGUGGCCCCGUGGACCGCGAAGCGGUAGAGGCUUUCGAGCUGUUGGUGGAGGCCACGGAUCAGGGCCAGGAGCCGGGACCCCGCAGCGCCACGGCCACAGUCCGCAUCACUGUGGAGGACGAUAACGACAACGCGCCACAGUUCAGCGAGAAGCGUUACGUGGCGCAGGUCCCUGAGGACGUGGCGCCCAACUCGGCUGUGCUGCGGGUGACAGCCACUGACUGUGACAAGGGCAGCAACGCCCUGGUGCACUACAGCAUCGUUAGUGGCAACACCCGCGGCCACUUCUACAUCGACGCACAGACGGGCGCGCUGGACGUCGUCAGCCCCUUGGAUUACGAGGUCAACAAGGAGUUCAACCUACGGAUCCGGGCGCAGGACGGUGGCCGCCCGCCCCUCUCCAACAUCAGUGGCUUGGUCACCAUCCAGGUGUUGGACGUCAACGAUAACGCCCCCAUCUUUGUCAGCACACCCUUCCAGGCCACUGUGUUGGAGAACGUGCCGGUGGGUUAUUCUGUCAUCCACAUUCAAGCCAUCGAUGCCGAUUCGGGUGACAACGGCCGGCUGGUCUACACCCUCCUGGAGACCGGUGCUGGCUUCCCCUUUGCCAUCAACAACGGCACCGGGUGGAUCGUGGUAGCCUCUGAGCUGGACCGGGAGGCAGUGGACUUCUACAGCUUUGGGGUGGAGGCUCAGGACCAAGGUAGUCCACCCAUGGCGUCCUCAGCCAGUGUCAGCGUCACCAUCCUGGAUGUCAAUGACAACAGCCCCGAGUUCACGCAACGGGAGUACAGCGCCCGCCUGAACGAGGACGCGGCGGUGGGCACCAGUGUCCUCACUGUCUCUGCCAUUGACCGUGAUGCCAACAGCGUCAUCACCUACCAGAUCUCCAGUGGCAACACCCGCAACCGAUUCUCCAUCACCAGUCAAAGUGGUGGUGGGCUCAUCUCCCUCGCCUUGCCCCUGGACUACAAGCUGGAGCGGCAGUACCUCCUCACCAUCGCUGCCUCCGAUGGCACCCGCCAGGACACGGCCCAGGUGGUCGUCAAUGUCACCGAUGCCAACACUCACCGACCUGUCUUCCAGAGCUCUCACUACACCGUCAAUGUUAAUGAGGAUCGGCCGGUGGGCACCACGGUAGUGGUCAUCAGCGCCACAGAUGAGGACACAGGGGAGAAUGCCCGCAUCACGUACCUGAUGGAGGACAGCAUCCCCCAGUUUCACAUCGCUGCCGAGACGGGGGCCGUCACCACUCAGAUGGAGCUGGACUAUGAGGACCAGGUCUCCUACACCCUGGCCAUCACGGCGCGUGACAAUGGCAUCCCACAGAAGUCUGACACCACCUAUCUGGAGAUCCUGGUGAGUGACGUCAAUGACAACGCGCCCCAGUUCCUUCGUGACUCCUACCAGGGCUCUGUCUACGAGGAUGUGCCGGCCUUCACCAGUGUCGUCCAGGUCUCUGCCACUGACCGUGAUUCGGGGCUCAACGGCAGGGUCUUCUACACCUUCCAAGGGGGUGAUGAUGGUGACGGUGACUUCAUCAUCGAGUCUACCUCGGGCAUCGUCCGCACCUUGCGCCGCCUCGACCGGGAGAACGUGCCAUUCUACACCCUGCAGGCAUUUGCUGUUGACAAGGGCGUCCCAGCCAAGCGGAUGCCAGUGGAGAUCCAAGUGACGGUGCUGGACGUCAAUGACAACCCACCUGUCUUUGAGAGGGAUGAGUUCGACAUCUUUGUGGAGGAGAACAGCCCCAUCGGCCUGGUGGUGGCCCGGAUCACAGCCACCGACCCUGAUGAGGGCACCAAUGCCCAAAUCAUGUACCAGAUCGUGGAGGGCAACAUCCCUGAGGUCUUCCAGCUGGAUAUCUUCUCCGGUGAGCUCACUGCCUUGGCUGACCUGGACUACGAGACCAAGGCAGAGUACAUCAUGGUGGUCCAAGCCACCUCAGCCCCCCUGGUCAGCAGAGCUACUGUGCACGUCCGCCUUCGUGAUGUCAAUGACAACAGCCCUCAACUCAAGAACUUUGAGAUCCUCUUCAACAACUACAUCACCAACCGCUCGGGCAGCUUCCCUGGGGGGGUCAUUGGCCGCAUCCCGGCCCACGACCCUGAUGUCUCCGACAGCCUCACCUACUCCUUCGAGCAGGGGAACGAGCUCAACCUGGUGCUGCUGGACCGCCGCAGCGGGGACCUGCGCCUCAGCCCCGCGCUGGACAACAACCGCCCGCUGGAGGCCAUCAUGAGGGUCUCCGUCUCAGAUGGGGUCCACAGCGCGACGGCCCAGUGCACGCUGCGGGUGACAGUGAUCACCGACGAGAUGCUGAGCAACAGCAUCACCCUACGCUUGGCUGACAUGUCCCAGGAGCGGUUCCUCUCUCCACUGCUCAGCCGCUUCCUGGAGGGGGUGGCAGCUGUCCUGGCCACCCCUCGCCACCGCGUCGUCCUCUUCAACAUCCAAACGGACACAGAUGUGGGGACCGCCCGUAUCCUCAACGUCAGCCUCUCGGUGCUGCUGCCCACCUCAGGCCAUGGUGCCCGCUUCUUCUCCUCCGAGGAGCUUCAGGAGCGCCUCUACCUCAACCGCUCCCUGUUGGCCGCCAUCUCAGCCCAGCGGGUCCUGCCCUUCGAUGACAACAUCUGCCUGCGUGAGCCCUGCGAGAACUACAUGCGCUGCGUCUCCGUCCUCCAGUUUGACAGCUCGGCACCCUUCCUCGCCUCCGACACCAUCCUCUUCCGCCCCAUCCAUCCCGUCACCGGCCUGCGAUGCCGCUGCCCACCCGGCUUCACCGGCGACUACUGCGAGACAGAGAUCGACCUCUGCUACUCCAGCCCCUGCGGCAGCAACGGACGGUGCCGGAGCCGCGAGGGCGGCUACACCUGCGAGUGCCACGAGGAUUUCACUGGGGAGCACUGUGAGCUGAGCGCCCGGGGGGGCCGCUGCGCCCCGGGGGUCUGCCGCAACGGGGGUACCUGCCUCAACCUGCUGGUGGGGGGGUUCCGCUGCCAGUGCCCCCCCGGGCACUACGAGAAGCCCUUCUGCACCAUGAGCACCCGGAGCUUCCCCCCGCGCUCCUUCCUCACCUUCCGCGGCCUCCGCCAGCGCUUCCACUUCACCCUCGCCCUGACGUUUGCCACCAAGGAGCGGGAUGGGCUCCUGCUCUACAACGGGCGCUUCAACGAGAAGCACGACUUCGUGGCGCUGGAGAUCGUGGAUGAGCAGGUCCAGCUCACCUUCUCAGCAGGCGAGACCACCACCACGGUGUCACCCUUCGUGCCUGGCGGUGUCAGCGACGGGCAGUGGCACCGGGUCCAGCUGCACUAUUACAACAAGCCGGUGGUGGGACGGUCGGGGCUGCCCCAGGGCCCCUCAGAGCAGAAGGUGGCAGUGGUGACAGUGGACGACUGUGACACCGGCAUGGCCCUCCGCUUUGGCCCCGUCCUGGGCAACUACUCCUGCGCCGCUCAGGGCACCCAAUCCGGCAGCAAGAAGUCUCUGGAUCUGACGGGGCCGCUGCUGCUGGGCGGUGUGCCCACCCUGCCCGAGAGCUUCCCCAUCCGCAGCCGCCACUUCGUGGGGUGCAUGCGGCACCUCCACAUCGACCAGCGUCCCAUCGACAUGGCCAACUUCAUCGCCAACAACGGCACCCUGCCUGGUUGCCCUGCCAAGAAGACCCUGUGUGAUGCCACCACGUGCCACAACGGUGGCACCUGCGUGCACGAGUGGGACGGGUUCAGCUGUCGCUGCCCACCCGGCUUCGGGGGCAAGACCUGCCAGGAAGAGCUGGGGGGUGCACAGCGGUUCAUGGGCAGCAGCCGGGUGACGUGGAGCGUGCUGGCACUGCCCCCCGCCCUGCCCUGGCACCUGGCGCUGCUGUUCCGUACCCGGCACCCCCAGGGGCUCCUGCUGCGAGCGAGCGCGGGCACCGCCGCUGUCACCGUGCAGCUGAGCGAGGGGCAGGCAGAGGCGGGCGUGUGGCAGGGGGGGUCCCGGCUGGCCUGGCUGCGCCUGCCCCACACCAAAGUCAACGACGGCGACUGGCACCACCUCCAGCUGGAACUGCGGGGGGCACCCGGCCGUGACCCCCCCGCCACCCUCCUCCUCCUCGCCCUCGACUACGGCCGCCUCCAGGCGGUGGCCGAUGUGGCUGCAGGGCUGCAGGGGCUGCGGCUGCGGGCACUGAGCCUCGGGGGCCUGGCGGGCGACGGUGGCACCGUGGAACAGGGCUUCCGUGGCUGCCUGCAGGGCGUGCGUGUGGGCGCGACGGCGGGCAGCGCGGUGGCACUGAGCGUGGCACAGGCAGAGGUGGUGAAUGUGGAAGGGGGCUGCGCCCCCCCAGACCCCUGCGACUCGGGGCCGUGCCCCCCCAACAGCUUCUGCAGCGACGACUGGGACAGCUUCUCCUGCCGCUGCCACCCCGGCUACUUCGGUGACAGCUGUGUGAGCGCGUGUGCCCUCAACCCGUGCCAGCCCCCCGCCACGUGUGCCCGCCGGCCGGGCUCGGUGCACGGCUACGCCUGCGAGUGUCCCCAGGGCCACUUCGGGCCAUACUGCGAGCACCGGGAGGCACAGCCGUGCCCUCGGGGGUGGUGGGGACACCCCACCUGUGGCCCCUGCAACUGCGACGUCACCAAGGGCUUCGACCCCGACUGCAACAAGACAACGGGCGAGUGUCGCUGCAAGGAGAACCACUACCGCCCUGCGGGCAGCGCCUCGUGCCUGCUGUGCGAGUGCUACCCGAGCGGGUCCCUGUCGCGCCGCUGCGAUGCCACCAGCGGGCAGUGCCCCUGCAAGCCCGGCGUCAUCGGCCGCCACUGCGACCGCUGUGACAAUCCCUUCGCUGAGGUGACCGCCACCGGCUGCGAAGUCAACUACGACAGCUGUCCCCGUGCCAUCGAGGCCAGCAUUUGGUGGCCCCGCACCCGCUUCGGGCUGCCUGCCGUGGCCCCCUGCCCCAAGGGCUCUGUCGGCACGGCGGUGCGGCACUGCGAUGAGCACAAGGGCUGGCUGCCCCCCAACCUCUUCAACUGCAGCUCGCUGGCCUUCGCCGCGCUCCGGGGAUGGGCGGAACGGCUGGCGCGCAACGAGUCAUCGCUGGACCCGGUGCAGUCGCAGCACGUGGCACUGCAGCUGCACGAGGCCACGCGCCGCACGGCCGCCUACUUCGGCAGCGACCUGCGCCUGGCGUACCGGCUGGCCAGCCGCCUGCUCCAGCACGAGAGCCACCAGCGCGGCUUCCGCCUGGCGGCCACCCAGGACAUCCACUUCACCGAGAACCUGCUGCGGGUGGGCAGUGCCCUGCUGGAUGCCAGCAACAAGCGGCACUGGGAGCUGAUCCAGCAGACGGAGGGAGGCACGGCGUGGCUGCUGAAGCACUUUGAGGACUACGCCAGCGCCCUGGCACAGAACAUGCCCCAAACCUACCUCAGCCCCUUCACCAUUGUCACCCCCAACAUUGUGGUGUCGGUGGUGCGGCUGGACAAGGGCAGCUUCGCGGGCACACGGCUGCCGCGCUAUGAGGCACUGCGAGGGGAGAAGCCCCCUGACCUGGAGACCACCGUCAUCCUGCCCGACAGCGUCUUCCGGCCCCCCGAGGGCAGGCACUCCACCGCCGGGCACGGGCAGCCACCACAGGGCGUGCAGGAGGAGGAUGAAGAGGCUGCUGAGGAGGAGGAGGAGGAGGAAGAGGAGGAAGAGCAGGAGGAGGUGACCCUGGUGACCCGACGCAAGCGGCACCCAUCGCUGAGCAAGGGCCAGGCCAUCGCCAGCGUCAUCAUCUACCGCACGCUGGCUGCGCUCCUGCCCGAGCAGUACGACAGCGACAAGCGCAGCCUCAGGGUGCCCAAGCGACCCAUCAUCAACACGCCGGUGGUGAGCAUCAGUGUGCACACGGCGGGGACGCAAGCGCCGCGGGCAUUGGCCAAACCCAUCACCCUCCAGUUCCGGCUGCUGGAGACCCAGGAGCGCUCCAAGCCCAUCUGUGUCUUCUGGAACCACUCCCUGCUGGCCGGUGGCACGGGCGGUUGGUCGGCGCGGGGCUGCGAGGUCGUCUUCCGCAACCAGAGCCACGUCAGCUGCCAGUGCCACCACCUCACCAGCUUCGCUGUCCUCAUGGACAUCUCCCGCCGCGAGAACGGCGAGAUCCUGCCGCUGGCGGCGCUGACCUACGCGUCGCUGGGCGUGGGGCUGGCGGGGCUGCUGCUGGCCGUGCUGGCGCUGGGGGGGCUGCGGGGGCUGCGCUCCAACCGACACAGCAUCCGCCGCCACGGCGCCACUGCCCUCCUCCUCGCCCAGCUCGUCUUCCUCCUCGGCAUCAACCAGGCUGACAGCCCGCUGGCGUGCACGGUGGUGGCCAUCCUGCUGCAGUUCCUCUACAUGAGCGCGGUGGGUUGGGCGCUGCUCGAGGGGCUGCAUCUCUACCGGCGCCGCAGCGAGCCCCGGCACGUCGACCGCGGGCCCAUGCGCUUCUACCAUGUGCUGGGCUGGGGGCUGCCCGCCUUCAUCACCGGGCUGGCGGUGGGACUGGACCCCGAGGGCUACGGGAACCCCGACUUCUGCUGGCUCUCCAUCCACGACAGCCUCGUGUGGAGCCUGGCGGGGCCCAGCGCCUGCGCCGUGGCCGUCAGCGUCCUCUUCCUCGUGCUGGCAGCCAGGGCUACCUGUGCCACCCCCCAGGGCUGCGAGAAGAGGGGCACGUCCUCUGGGCUGCAGACGGCGGUGGUGCUGCUGGCGCUGCCCACCCUGGCCUGGCUCCUGGCGCUGCUCUCGGUCAACAGCGACGCUCUGCUCUUCCACUACCUCUUCGCCAUCUCCAACUGCCUCCAGGGCCCCCUCAUCUUCCUCUUCUGCGUGGUGCUGAGCAAAGAGGUGCGGCGCAGCCUGCGGCUCAGCUGCGCCCGCCGGCGUGCGCCCGACCCCACGUUGGCCACCAAGUCUACCCUGACCCCCGCCUAUGGCUGUGACAGCACCUACGUGGCAGGGCGGUUGUACCCCGUACCUGCCGGCGGCUCUACCGGCUCCUUGCACAGCACCGCCCGCUCCGGCAGGAGCCACCACAGCUACAUCCCCUUCGUGCGCCGGGAGGACUCGGGGCUGGCGGGCAGCCCUGGGCAGCAGGUGCUGGCCGAGCCAGGGGGGCUUUUCCUUGACACCCAGGACCAGCACGAAGAACAUGACACGGACUCGGACAGUGACCUCUCGCUGGAUGACGACCACAGUGGCUCCUUUGGCUCCACACACUCCUCUGAGAGUGAGGAUGAGGCCCCCCCUGGCUGGGAUGCCCUACCCGGACCCCCCCUGCUGCCCCCCACCCCUGGUGACAGCCUGGUGGCCCCAGCGCAGCCGUACUGGCCGGGGGAGUUCGUGACAACAGCGAGUGAGAGCGAGGGGCCGGGGGGCAGCGAGACCCUACGCGUGGAGCCAGUGGGGGGCGAGGGACCCCUCCGGGGUGAACCGCCCCGCCUCAAUGGCGAGGCGCCCCCCAGGAUCCCUCCAUUGCUGCCCCUGCCCCAUCCCCACAAAGGCAUCCUGAAGAAGAAGGGCCUCCCCGCCAUCAGCGAGCGGGGCAGCACCCAGCGCCUUGGGCCCCCCCCGCCGCCCCCCACCUCCUCGGGCAGCGAGGGCAGCAGGGUGGGGGUCCCUGCCACCCCCCGCCCCCGCCAGACCCUGCAGGAGCAGCUCAGCGGCGUCACCCCCAUCGCUAUGAGCAUCAAGGCGGGCACCGUGGACGAGGACUCCUCCGGCUCCGAGAGCGACGAGACCUCCAUCUAACGGUGACCCGGUGGGUGGCCUCUGCCCAUGCCAUCGUGCCAGGACUUGGGGGGUGGCACCAGGACUGGGGGGUGACACCAGGAUGGGAUGGUGGCACCGGGAUGGGGAGCAUCUAACGGUGACCCAGUGGGUGUCCCCUGCUCGUGCCACUGUGCCAGGGGUGGCACCAGGAUGGGGAGGUGGCACCAGGAUGGGGAGGUGGCACCAGGAUGGGGAGGGGCAUCUAAAAGUGACCUAGUUGGGUGUCCCUUGCCCAUGCCACCAUGCCGAGGGGGUGACACCAGGAUUGGGGGUGGCACCAUGAUCAGGGAUGACACCAGGACUGGUCGAGGGGGGGGCAUCUAAUGGUGACCUGGUGGGUGUCUCCAGCCCAUGCCACCACGCCAGGGGGGUGGCACAAGAAUGGGGGGGCCUGUGGCACCACACUUGGGGGGGUGACACCAGGAUGAGGGAUGGCACCAGGAUGGAGGGGCAUCUAAGGGUGGCCUGGUGGGUGUCCCUUGCCCAUGCCACCACACUUUGGGGAGUGACACCAGGAUUGGGUGACACCAGGAUGGUUGGGGGCAUCUAAAAGUGACCUGGUAGGUGUCACCUGCCCAUGCCACCACAUUGUGGGGUGGCACCAGGAGAGGGUGGCACUGGGAUGGGGCGGGGUGAGGGCAUCUAAAAGUGACCUGCCAGGUGUCCCCAGCCCAUGCCACCACACUUUGGGGGUGGCACCAGGAUGGAGGGCACCUAACAGUGACCCGGGGGGGGGGUGUCCACUGCCCAUGCCACCACGCUUUGGGGGGGGUGACACCAGGAUGGCAGGGGGACACCUGGAUUGGGCUGGGGGGGCAUCUAGUGGUGACCUGGUGGGUGUCCCCUGCCCAUGCCACCGCCCUGGGGGGAAGACACUGGAAUGGGGGGACACCAGGAUGGGUGGGGACACCAGGAUGGGACACAAAGCCACAGACACCCCCCCCUCCCCAUGGCACUUUGGAUCCUGGCAGGGCUUUUUCCCCACCCCUUUGCCCCUGGGAGGGUGGUAUCGGGGUCCCCCCCAGCACCGUCUCAGCCCCCACCCGGUGGAGGGUUUUAUUUAAAAAAUACAUGAAAAAUACAAAAAAAAAAAAGGAUAUUCCCCUCCCCUGCCCAGUGCCAACCCCCCCAAGUGGGGGGACACGGAUGGCGGGGGGGGAAUCAGUUGAGGGG